AUGCCUGUUGGCAGUGACGGGUCUCUGGAUGCAGCGCCCACGGUCGGGUGGUGGUCGAAUCAGGUCGAGCUGCAAAUGCCGAAAGGGUGGCGCGCAGUGCGAGCGGUGCGCGCCGACGGAAGCAAGCUCAGCCGGCGGCAAGCUGCAGCGAGGCCGCUUGGGGAUGAGCCGGCAGUGGGAGAGUGGGUGAGGAGGAGGAGGAGGAGGAGGAGGAGGAGGAAGUACAGCUGUCUCAACUCGCCCUCCUCGGACCUUUCAGCCCUGAGCGCCCGCGUCGGCGUCGCCGCCGCGUUCCACGCGGCGCGAACCUGCCGCAUGCAGACUGACGGAGACGUCGGGGCGUGCGCGGAAAGGCCGCGGAAUCGCGAGGGGGCAGUGCGGUAAGUCGUCCUAUCCAACUACAUGCAACAGCACGGCGCGCGGGCCCAGAGCAGACGGCCAGGCACACCGAUCGCCGAAGCGCGAGGGCCCCUCAACGCAGGCACCGUCUGGCGUCUGGGGGGUCGUGGGCGCCGCGCGGAAGCACCGGGGCGCGUGCAGCAGCCUCAGACAGCGUGCGAGAGCAUCCGAACACCUCCACCCGAACACACACCAUAUGAUCCGAACACCUCCGCCCGGAUCAAGCGGCGGCUGGCCAGAGCCGGCCCCCCCAGCGGCAUUGUGUCUGGCGGCGGGAAGCCGAGUCGUACCUGCUGGCAGGCCCUGGGUGCAGCCACCAGUCCGAUCCCUCCCUGACCGGACUGAUGGGCAACCUUCUCUUCCGAUUAUACGUUGCGGUCUGAGCAGACUCCGCGCGGAUGAGAGAAACCGUGCGGGAGUUACCUGCGCGUCCCCUCCAUAUGCUACGACACAAACAGGUAGCGCCAAAGCGGCCGAAACGACGGCGGCCUGUAACUGCCUACCCCUCUCACAGGACGCCUGCGGACACGCCCUUGCAGCGAAAAGCCGCCCGCGCCCCUCGGGGCGGGGCACCCGUCACUUCUUGGAGACGAGGUCGUACCACGCGCCACCUGGCUU